AUGAACGGCGAUAUGAAUCCAGACGGUGGUGAUCUAGCAAGGCAGCAGCAGCAACAACAACCGGGGGCAGCGGCGACGGUGGCGGUGUCAGACUCGGGUUCGCUAGCUACACCUCCGUCCAAUAAUCAUAACACAUCGCCGGGGCCAACGACGGGUACGCAGAAUGCACAGGGCCAAAUGAGUUUUCGAAGACAACGUGCUUCGAGGGCAUGCGAGGUGCGAUGCGAUGCGGCGAGCCUCGGCGUCCCUUGUACCAAUUGUGUCGCUUUCCAAAUCGAAUGUAAAAUUCCACAACCUAAGAGGAAGAAGACUCAGGCAAAUGCGACAAAAGAUUCAGAUAGCGACCGUGGGGACAUCGUCGAAGAUACCUCUCCGAAGCCACCUAAUGCCGGCUCUUCGAAUACGUUUCCAGCGCGACCGGCUGUAUUACACUCCUCGGAGGGUGUUCCGACAACGACCUCCAUAGAAGCCCAAGCUAGGAGAGAGGAGGCUGACCACGACACGUACGUCAACUUAGUCAUGAAGCCCAAGUUUACUAGAGCGCCCAUCACCGAGGCUGGUAGGGUAGCUUUCUUAGGGGAAUCGUCGAAUCUGACGCUGUUGGUCCAUGAUCGUCAAGGAGAUUCCGAUGUUGUACAUUACCCGCUACCCGAGAAUGUACGUGGAUCCAGGGCUCGCUUGACUGAACUGGACAAUAUCGAGAUCGAUAUUCUCCAUCGGCGCGGGGCCUUCUUACUUCCACCUAGGUCCCUCUGCGACGAGCUUAUCGAUUCGUACUUUAAAUGGAUUCACCCAAUCGUGCCUGUUAUAAAUAAGACUCGGUUCAUGAGACAGUACCGGGAUCCCAAGAACCCGCCCUCGUUACUCCUUCUCCAAGCCAUCCUACUUGCUGGUUCUCGAGUCUGCCACAAUCCUCAACUAAUGGAUGCGAAUGGGUCGACCACACCGGCUGCUCUGACAUUUUAUAAAAGAGCAAAGGCCCUCUACGACGCUAAUUACGAGGAUGACCGUGUGACGAUUGUCCAAGCUCUACUCCUGAUGGGUUGGUAUUGGGAAGGUCCAGAAGACGUCACUAAGAACGUGUUCUACUGGAGUAGAGUUGCUAUAAUUGUAGCUCAAGGAUCCGGAAUGCACAGGUCGGUAGAGGCGUCUCAGUUGAGUAAGGCUGACAAGAGAUUAUGGAAGCGUAUCUGGUGGACGCUCUUCACUCGUGAUCGAUCCGUGGCGGUUGCGCUAGGACGACCAUGCAAUAUCAAUCUAGACGAUUCAGAUGUUGAAAUGCUGACUGAAGAGGAUUUCAUCGAGGAUGAGCCAGACAAUGCGAGCGGGGUUGCCCCUGACCCUAUUCAUGUUCAAUUCUUCCUGCAGUAUGUUAAGCUUUGCGAGAUCAUGGGCCUAGUCUUAUCCCAGCAAUAUUCUGUAGCAUCCAAGGGCCGGCGCCAGAACGCCAUCGAUCUCACUCACAGCGACAUGGCCUUGGCCGAUUGGUUACAGAAUUGUCCCAAAUCGGUAUACUGGGAGAUGCCGCGACAUCACUUCUGGAGCGCAUUGCUUCAUUCUAACUAUUAUACAACACUUUGUUUGCUUCACCGGGCACAUAUGCCUCCUAAUCAUAGCAGCGCUGCUCGGUUUCCGGAUGAUUCUGCCUAUCCUUCGCGAAACAUCGCCUUUCAGGCUGCAGGGAUGAUCACAUCUAUCAUUGAAAACCUGUCGGCGCACGAUGAGCUCCGCUACUGCCCUGCAUUUAUUGUGUACAGCUUAUUCUCUGCUCUCAUCAUGCACGUAUAUCAGAUGCGGUCACCCGUCUUCUCCAUCCAGCAAGUUACGCAAGCUCGGAUUCGGACCUGUAUGGAAGCUCUUAAGGGGGUUUCUAAGGUGUGGUUAGUGGGCAAGAUGGUUCACACCCUGUUCGAGUCAAUAUUGGGGAAUAGAAAUAUGGAAGAGAGGUUACAGAAAGCUGCCGGCAAGCAUCACAGGAAAGUGCAACAAAGCUUAGCUCAGCUGGAGCAGCACCAGCAAAGACAGCAGGAAGCCAAUAAACGGAAAUAUGAUGAGAUGGCUCUUGACUUCAGUAUAAAUACACCAGUACAUCAAGAAUCCUACGAGCGAUCGCGUCCACAAACCCCUAGGAACGAACCGAUCCAAAACCAGCCACCACACAUGGGCCCGCCCAUCCACUCACCGAACACCAGGUCAGACGCUUUCAUGGGUACUAACAGCAGGCCACAUACUCGACCAGCAACCCCGUUCAACCCGUCCUUCUCCGUCCCGACGACCCCUCCGGAUCUCUAUCUCGUGACUCGUAACUCACCCAAUCUUUCCCAAUCCAUAUGGGAGAAUUUCCAGCCAGAUCAGCUUUUCCCGGAAAGCUCUCACAUACCGAUGCCGCAGAUGUCGCCUCCGCAGACCCAACAGAGUCUCGACCCGAGUCUUGUAAAUCCGAUACAGGCUGGUAUGUCACCGCAAUCGCCCAGGCAAACCAGCCAGUACCAACCCCGGGCGCCCAAUAAAGCCGCCGUUACGAGUCCUCCGCAGGCUAACGCUUACUUACAACCAGGCAUUGGAGGAUAUCAGUCUCAACCAAAUAACUUAUGGCCGGGAGGUGACGUCGGCACGGGAAUGCCAGACGGCCAAAGUCCAAGUGACAGCUGGAGUACCGGAUCCGGACAGCAGCCCGUGCCGGCUACAUUGAACGUCGAAGAUUGGUUCCAAUUCUUCGGUAUCAAUGGGAACGACGUAAACUUUUCUGGGUUGGACAUGCCCAUAGGCGGAGGCUGA